AUGUCCAUUGCACUAGACUUAUCAUCAAACUAUUUGACCGGUGAGCUUCCUGUUGCAGUAAAAAAUCUAAAACAUCUAGGUGAGUUCUAUGUCUCUCAAAAUAGGUUAUCUGGUUGGCUUCCAAAUAGCCUUGGUAAAUGUGCAAGUCUAGAGUACCUAUACCUGGAUGGAAAUUUGUUUGGAGGGCCCAUUCCUUCAUCUUUAAGUUCAUUGAGAGGUCUUGUGGAAUUGGAUGUAUCUGGAAAUAAUCUCUCAGGUGGGAUUCCAGAAUUUCUUGUGACUUUGGGGGAAUUGAAGUAUUUAAAUCUCUCUUUUAAUGAUUUUGAGGGAGUGAUACCAAGUGAAGGAGUCUUUAAGAACGCAAGUGCUACAUUCGUUGAGGGAAACAAUAAACUUUGUGGAGGCAACCCCGAGUUACACUUGUCGAGAUGUAACUCAAAAACAUCAUCAAAUACUCCUCUUAGAGUAAAAAUUGCAAUUGCUAUUGUGAUUUUAGGAGUGGCUUUGGUAUUUUCUUUCUUCCUUAUCGUGUGGUUUAGAAAGAAGAAAAAGCAGCAACCAACAACAACUUUUGGUAUUAUAUACAAAGGAAUUCAUGAAGAGAGUGGAGCAGUACUUGCAAUAAAGGUUCUUAAUCUUCUAAAUCGUGGAGCAUCCAGGAGUUUCUUGGCUGAAUGUGAGGCCUUAAAGAACACUCGACAUCGAAAUCUUGUUAAGGUAUUAACUGCUGUUUCAGGUUUUGAUUAUCAAGGUAAUGAUUUCAAAGCCUUGGUUUAUGAGUUCACGGAAAAAGGAAGCUUGGAGGACUGGUUGCAUCCAUCCAUUGACAUGAAUGAACAAGAGACCGUGAGAAACCUGAACUUCUUCCGAAGGGUUAGUGUGGCCAUAGAUGUUGCCCACACACUGGAGUAUCUACACCAUCGUUGCGAGACACCGAUCAUUCAUUGUGACCUCAAGCCAAGAAAUAUUCUACUCAAUGAGGAAAUGGUUGCCCAUAUAAGUGACUUUGGCUUAGCAAAACUCCUUUCUACAGAUGGGGUUAGCUAUUCUGCUAACCAAUCAAGCUCCCUUAGAUUUAGAGGAACUAUUGGUUAUGCUCCACCGGAAUAUGGCAUGGGAAGUGAGUUGUCAACUAAAGGUGACGUGUAUAGUUAUGGGAUCCUCUUGCUAGAGAUGUUUACAGGGAAGAGGCCAACUGAUGAAAGGUUUAAAGAAAGUUUAAGUCUUCACAACUUUGUUAAGUCAACUUUGCCUGAACGAAUUACUGAGAUUAUAGAUCCCAUUCUUCUUCAACAAAGAGACACUCGAGGAACAAUUGCAAACAUUACACGCAAUAGAAACAUUUUGGGAAAUGGUAGGCAUCUUCAGUGCUUAAUUUCAAUGCUCAAAAUAGGACUCAUUUGUUCCGGUGAAUCACCAAGUGAGCGGAUGGACAUGAAUGAUAUCGUCACCAAGCUUUGUUCCAUUAGAGACAAACUUCAUCCAACUCGAUUACAUAGUGAGGAUUGA